CGGGUCUGUGCGGGGCGGGCCGGGGGAGUCAGAGCGAACCGGACCCCCGGGCUCACGGCAGGACCCCAGGCGGCGGCCAGUCAGCGGAGAUCGACAUGGAGCCUUGGACCCCGGCCCUGCUUCUUGGGGCCCUGCUGACCCACGGCCUGGCCUACGCCGCCCACGGCAACCCCCGAGAACAAGCUGGGCCUCUUCCAGAGGAUCGAGACCCCUUCAGCUAUGAUUACCAGUCUCUGAGGAUUGGGGGGCUGGUCAUCGCAGGGAUCCUCUUCAUCUUGGGAAUUCUCAUCAUCCUCAGCCGGAGGUGUCGCUGCAAAUUCAAUCAGCAACAGAGGACGGGGGAACCCGACGAAGAGGAAGGUGCUUUCCGCAGUUCCAUCCGCCGCCUGUCCAGCCGGAGGAGAUAGGCGCCUCUCCCCUCGCCACCCGACCCUCCCUGCAGGUCCUCCCCGCCCCGAUACCCUCUUGGCCCAGCUCGAGGUGGGGGCUGCGAAGGGAUACAGGGCAGGGUGCGGCGCUGUCCCCCUCCCCGAGCUCUGAACCCCCAGCCUUAUAAUAAACGCAGUUCCUUGAC